AUGACCAUAGACAUCAAGUUGCCGCAACCUGUCAGAAAUUUACCGCUUUUUCUUCUUCUUCUUUUUCUGUUAUCCUCCUUGUCGUCAACUUUGAGUAUAAUUCUACAUGCAGUCCCUGUUCAAUAUAAAACCAAGACAAUUGCCGGAUUUAAAUAUGUCGAUGGUGUUUCUUCGAACUAUCAAGCAGAAUAUGGACCUCUUGCACAACCAAGUGCGGCCAUCAUGAAUGACAAGAAUGAAACUUUUAUUGCUGACACGAUGCGUCAUGUGAUACGAAAGAUUACAGCAAACGGAACCAUGAUAAGAUAUGCUGGGAUAGGAGUAGGAGGAUACAAUGGUGAUGACAUUGCAUGGAAAUGUCAGUUCAACCAACCCAUGGGAUUGUAUCUUGCAACGAAUGGUGAUCUCUAUGUGGCAGACACUGGAAAUUCAAUGAUUCGAAAGAUUUCAUCAAGUACCAUGAUGGUAAACACUCUAGUCUCGAGUACUAAUUUGAAAAAUCCAGUGGGUGUUUUUGUUCUCGAAAGUACUGGAGAAAUAUUUGUGACAGAUACUGGAAAUGGAUAUGUCAAAAAAUUUGACUCGACAGGAAAAACCAUGACCAUCAUUGCAGGUGGAGGAAAUACCUAUUCCGAUAAUGUGAUUGCCACAAAUACCAAGUUAUCUUCUCCGAGAGGAAUUUUUGUAACUCCAACUGGAGUGAUUUAUAUUACAGAUACCAUCGAUCGAUUGGUUCGAAAACUUACUCUCGAACCUAAUGGUCAAUUCAGAAUUCGAACCAUUGCUGGAGUUCCAUCUUCUUCUGCCCCAUUUGAAGAUGGAAGAAAUCCACUGCAAACCUAUUUCCAAUCACCCAUAGGUCUUUAUGUGACAAGUAGUGAAGCCAUUUACGUUGCUGACUCUGGAAGUCAUCGCAUUGUAAGAAUUUCUUCAGAUUUAACAAAAGUCAACACUGUGGCUGGAAAUGGAAAUAACGAUGAAGACACAUUUCAAUUUGGUAAUGCAGGAGAUUAUGGUCAUACAUUGGCAGCACCUCUGAAUCAACCAAAUUUUGUUUCCAUCAAUUCGAGAGGUGAUUUAAUGAUCACAGGAAUCAAUCGAGUUAGAAUGGUUUCCGCAAGUUCAAAUAAUACUAUUACGACAUUGGCUGGAAAAUAUAAUACCAAUAUUGCUUAUGGAGAUGGAUUAAAAGCAAAUAGUAUUGGACUUGCCAUCUAUCCGAGACAUGCAGUCUUGUCACGAGAUGGUUCUGAAUUGUUUGUGAGUGAUGUGAACAGUAACACAAUCCGAAAGGUUGGACUUCCAAAUGGAAUUGUAACGACUGUGGCAGGAAUGAAAGGACAGACAGCAUUUAAUGGAGAUGGUUUAUUAGCUAAUCAGACGACUUUCAGUGGCCCACUUGGUCUUUAUUUAUAUAAUAAUGGUGAAUUGUUGAUUGCUGACAGAUAUCAUAACAGGAUACGAUUAUUACAGCUCAAUGGAAACAUCACCACUCUCUUCUCCACAAACACUUCUAUUGGAGAACCAGGAACAGUUUUUGCAACAGGAACCAAUAGCACCGAUGGUUUUAUUUAUUUCUCAACAACUAUUGGAAUUUAUAAGGGUCAAAGAACUAAUUUUGAUCUUGUCUAUGCCUACAAUGGACUUUAUGACGAUGAUCCAUCAACGUUUCAUGUCGAACAAGAAGCAGAUGGAAAUGUUUUAUAUUUUGCAGAACUUGGAACUUUUUCGAUUGUGAAAUUUUUCGAAAAGAAUAACACGGCAGUGAAGAUUUAUACAGAUCCAAAUCUUGAAAAACCUUCGAGUAUUUUUGUUCGAAAUGGAACGCUCUAUUUUGUUUUGGGACGAUCGAGAAUUUGCAAACUCUUAGCGGAUGGAAGUGUUCAAGUCAUUGCAGGAAUGUUGCCAUCCAACGGUGUUGAAUUCGUAGGAUACAGCGGAGAGGGAUUACCUGCCACUCAAUCUUUAUUGAAAAUGCCCAUUAAUUUACACGUUACCAAUGAAGGCGAAAUUUAUUUUGUUGAACGUGUAGGACUCGUUAGAAAAAUUGGUCUCGACAAUCGAAUCACCACCGUGGUUGGUUCCUAUCCAUUGCCUCCUCCAGGAACACCUGCCAUCCAAUGGACCAUGUUUCAACCUUCCUUCGUGACUGUCAAUAAGAAUAAUGGACAAAUUGCAAUGUAUACUCCUCACACAACACAAGAUCAUGUCAUUUAUACAAUGGAUGCAUCCAAUGGUGUCCUUUCCACUCUUAUUGGAUCCAGAGUAUUCACUUUUGAAUCUAGUUCCUAUGAAGGACCCAUAGGAUUGGCUUUUAUUUCAGCUUCUGUUUUUUGUUACACUUCUAAAAACGAAUUGAUCAUUGCUGAUACGUUUCAUCGAAUUUUAAAAGUUCGAUCGAAUGGAGUGAUUUCUGUGGUGGCUGGUAAAUUUAGAACUCCAUCGUUUAGUCCAGAUGGAACAUUGGCUAAUGCAACCUUAAUGUAUAAUCCAAGAGCUGUGUUGUGUGUACCUUCUCAAAAUGGUAAUGGUGAGGAUGAUAUUAUUUAUUUUGAUGCAGGUAAUCGAAGAAUUCGUAAAAUUUCGAAUGGAGUGGUUCAAACCAUUGUUGGAACUGGAAUUGAUGGUGAUGUCAAAUUCACACCCGAUGGAGUAAAUGCCACAUCUGUCAAUCUCGGAAAUUCCAUUAAAUCACUCGCACUCUCACCUCAAGGAGAUUUAUAUUAUUCAGAGAGUUCGAGACACAUCGUUCGAGUGCUCAAUGCCACCACAGGUCUCAUUUCCACAGUGGCUGGUAUUAAGGAUUCUCGAGGAUACUAUGGUGAGAAUAUUCAAGCAACUAUGGCCAAUUUGAAUGCACCUCAAGGUUUAGCUGUUGCUCCCAAUGGAGAUUUAAUUAUUGCCGAUUCGAGUAACAAACUCAUUCGACGAGUAUCCAAAAACACACAACUCAUUCGAACCAUUGCUGGAAUACCACCACGUUCAGAAGAUUGUUACUACAAUGGAGAUUUAUCAGUGGCCACCGAUACCUGCAUUACGGCAUUGUCGAGUGUGACUGUGAAUCCUCUGAAUGGUGAAAUUAUCUUUACAGAUGAUGCAAAUGGAGUGGUGAGAUCAUUAGUGCCUUAUUGUGAAGGAAACAAAACCUUAUUGGAGGUGAAUGGAUUUUUCUCAGAAUGUGUGUGUCCAUUGGGAUAUUCAGGUGAUCAAUGUGAAUUAUCCAUUUGUAAUGGAACGCUUGCAUCGAGUGCUGCCGUAUGUUCAGGUCGUGGACAAUGUGUGAGUCCAAAUCGUUGUGUGUGCUCGAAAGGUUUUUCUGGAGCGAAUUGUGAAAUGAGUGUUGGAAUUCCAACAGGAGCUUCUUCGGGUCGAUCUCCAACCAAUACGAUGGACAAUAACGUGUCAACCACCAUUGUUAUUGCUGUGGUGGUUCCAGUGGCAAUACUUUCACUCAUUGGUUUGUUGGUGGCCAUUUUGGUGAUUGUGGUCUUGUGUGUGGUGAAACAACGACGAGUCAAGUCCGAUUUGGAAAUGAACAAACCCAAUUCUGCAGUACCAUUUCCAAACAGUCCCAAUGUGGAGCUUCCAAAUUCAAAUCCAAAUUCUUUCAUUUCAGAUUUUCCAAGUGACAUGAGUGUGAAUUUUACUCCAAUUUUGAUGAGUGAAGAUCGAAUGCAAUCUGGAACCAUGUCUACAGAUUCACUCGUUUAUCAAGUGGAUCCAUUCUCUCGUUAUCAAAAUAUAUCACGUAUUGGAAAGGGAGCUUUUGGUUCAGUCUAUAAGGCCAAUGACACCAAAUUCCAAAAUAAGGUCAAAGCUGUAAAGGUCAUGAAAUUUACUUCUCUCAGCGAUUUGAAUAAUAUCAUGAAAGAAGGAAUGCAAUUGAUGAAUAUUCGUCAUGAUCACAUUCUCAAAGUGAAUGAUUUCUUUGUCUCCAAAGACAAUCUCGUGUGUUUGGAUAUGGAUUUCUACGAUCAGGGAGAUUUAGCCAAAUUUGUCUCACCUCGCAGUCCAGUCUGUAGUGAACACUUGGUUAAGCAAAUCAUUUGGCAAAUUUGUAAUGCAUUGACCUAUGUGCAUGGAACGUUAAAUAUUAUUCACAGAGAUAUCAAACCUUCGAAUAUUUUCAUCAAAUCGUUGGAUGAGAAAAAGAUUCAUGUCGUAUUGGCUGAUUUUGGUCUUGCGAAAGGAACUCAAUCUGAAGCUCUCUCGUAUGCUGGAACUCCUCUCUACAUGUCUCCUGAAGUUGGUCUCGGUGGUAAAUAUUAUGCCAAUACUGAUGUAUAUUCAUUGGGAGUGACUAUUUAUCAAAUCAUGACCAAAGAUUCAGCCACUUCGAUUAGUCACUUGUUAUUGAGUAAGGAUCCACAAAGUGUGCAACAAUUAUUACUUUCCAAAAUGAAAGAAGGAGGUGAAUAUUCGGAUGAAUUGUGUGAAAUUGUUUUGAAAAUGUUGGAAAAGGAUUCCCUCAUGAGACCCAAUGCUCAGGAUAUUCUUGGAUUGCCUUAUUUCCGUAACAUGUAG